AUGCCUUCAAGACUAAUCUCUCAAGCCUUGAGAGCCUACCCCCUCAAUCACCCUCACAAGUACUUGGAUUUAAAUUCCAUAAAUGAAUUACCUGAAUCCCAUGCAUGGACUUCGCCUAGCGACGAACAUCCCUCUGCCAAGGGGCCUAAUGUCGAAUCCGUCCCUAUUAUCGAUCUAAAUAACAAGAACGCCAUGGACCAUAUAGGUCAUGCAUGCAAAAAAUGGGGAGUUUUCCAAUUGGUUAACCACAAUAUUUGUAAGAGCUUGCUUGAAGAUGUUGAGCUGGAAGGUAAGAGGCUUUUUUCUCUCCCCAUGCAGCAAAAACUUAAAGCCGCGCGUUCACCGGAUGGUGUAGCGGGCUACGGCGUGGCCCGUAUUUCUUCCUUCUUUCCCAAGCUCCUGUGGUCCGAAGGUUUCACUGUUAUUGGUUCACCAUUAGAGAAUGCCCGUCAACUUUGGCCCUAUGACUUCCAAAACUUCUGUGACACAAUUGAAGCUUAUCAAAACCAGAUGAAAAAGCUAGCUGAAAAACUGAUGUGCCUCAUGCUUGGAUCAUUGGGCAUAACCAAAGAAGAUGUAAAAUGGGCUAAUAACAAAGGAGAAUCCGAAGAGGGAUGUGCUGCUCUACAACUAAACUCUUAUCCAGCCUGUCCCGACCCCGACCGAGCCAUGGGUCUUGCACCACAUACUGAUUCCACAAUACUCACCAUUCUUCACCAGAGCAACAUAAGCGGUCUACAAGUGCUCCGGGAGGGCUACGGGUGGGUCACCGUGCCUCCUCAUCCCGGCGCUUUAGUGAUUCAUGUAGGAGACCUUCUACAUAUAUUAUCCAAUGGUUUGUUUACAAAUGUUCGCCACCGAGCCGUGGUGAACCGGACCCAACAUCGUUUGUCACUAGCCUACCUCUAUGGGCCACCCUCAAAUGUCAAAAUCUCCCCACUUCCAAAAUUAGUAGAUCAUUUUCACCCUCCACUCUUUCGGCCAAUAACUUGGAGUGAGUAUCUUGGAACUAAAGCUAAGCAUUUCGACAAGGCACUCACAUCAGUACGGGUUUGGGCUCCUCGAAAUGGAUUUGUGGAUACGAACGAUCACAACAGUGUUAAAGUUGGUUAG